AUGCCUUCUCUUCCUCCCAAAUCUGUUAGACCUCAACCGAUACAACGAAGAUCGACCCUGAAGCGAUCCCUUGAUGAGGCCGGUAUCAUGGAUGCCCCCUCAAGCCCCUCGAAACGAUCCAGAGUGACAUUUGACUCCGACGUCGAAAUUGUCUCGGCUGAUGACGACGAAGACCUCGAUCCUCUAGUUGUCAAGGAACAGGUGCGCAGAGCUAUUGAGCGACAUCGCAACAAGGACGACGAAGCGUACGAACGGAUCAAGGGUUACUUCACCACGUCACAUGAAAAGCCAAAUGCUUCAUCAACCAAAGCCCUCAGGGUUCAUCUGCAAGCGCUUCUGGCGAACGUGACUGCCCUUACCAAAGACUGCAGUGGCUUGGUGAAUGCCAUCCUCUAUAGUGAAUGGAUUGGAAGAGAUGAAGCAUAUUAUGCUCUAUUCGUCAGAUACCUCAACAAUCUGGCCGCGGCACAGCGAGGAUAUCAGCAGAAAAUUAUGUCAGUUUUGGUGGAUUUACUUGGGCCACAGAAGACCAGACGCAUAGCCGGCUCAAAACCGGUCAGACAACGAACGAUCCAUCGAAGAGCGUUGCAGGCCAUCCAACAUAUCACUGUCAACGUCCCAUCAUCACCGGCAGCUCUUGCUGAUCGAGUCUCAUCACGGCUAGAGUUCGAUUUUCGGAAGCCGGAGGAGAGAAUGACAUACAUCCGAAACUUCAUGGAAAUGAUCAAAUAUGUUCCCGAACUCACCUCCGAGAUCCUCACCUGUGUUCUGAAGGAGCUUAUCAAGCUGGAUGUGUCCGUCCAAGUUGACCUGGACGAAGAGGAGGACGAUGCCGAGGACGACAUCCUGAAUCACAUGUCAUCAUCGCAGACAUUGGUUCCUUCACAGGACAUGCUCAAGGGCAACCUUGAGGAGGAGGAUGAUGAUGAUGAUGUGAGCACGACCGAUGAAUCCGACAUCGAGGAAGACGAAGAUGUCGAUCCAGCGACAGCUCGUCGGCAGAAAUUGAAGGACGACAUUAAACAGGUCGACAUGAUUAUGGACAUCUUGUUCCAGUAUUAUGCCAAACUCACAGCAUCGACCCUGCUUCAGGAUCGUGAUACUGCUGUUGACCAACUCAUCAACCAGUUCCACACUCAUAUCCUACCGACAUACCGUGCUCGUCACCCGCAGUUUCUGGUCUUCCACUUUGCCCAGUCAGAUCCUAUCAUCGUCGACCGCUUCGUCACCUCCUGCGUCGCCGUACUUGUCAACAAACGAGCACCUCAUCUCCUACGCCACAGUGCCGCAGCUUACUUCUCUGGCUUUGUCGGUCGUGGCGCGCACGUCUCUCCACAGGUCGUCCAGGACUGUCUGAGCAUCCUCACUGAGCAUUUGGACACUCUGCGCAAGGCGUACGAGCCAGGAUGUCGCGGACCAGACCUGAAACGAUACGGCGACUUCUACGCCGCGUUCCAGGCCAUUCUCUAUAUCUUCUGCUUCCGGUGGCGGGAUAUUGCGUCUGCCAGUUCCGACGACGACUCCGAGUUCGACGUCGAUGAGGAGGAAGUGGAGACGUAUCAUUUCUCCGAGUCCUUGCGUGAGGCUCUGCGAGCGGCGAUCUAUUCACCCCUCAACCCGCUGCGUGUGUGUACACCGGUCAUCGUCGAACAGUUCGCAAAACUUACCCACGCGCUCCAGCUCUUCUACGUCUACCCUAAGCUCGAAGAAAACAGACAUGUUCGAGUGACAAGCCAUUGGCGGGACAACAUGUCCGGCUUGGAGAUCAGCAACCCGGAUCGGGACCUGAGCUGGGUCGGAGACAAUGGCAUGCUCGAAGGUUAUUUCCCGUACGACCCGUACCACCUCCCUAUCAGCAAGCAUUGGAUCGAGGGCGACUAUGUUGAAUGGAAGGGCAUCCCUGGAGACGAAGCGGACGAGACUGAUUCCGAAGAAGACACCGGUAUGGAUUUCGACGACAUGGACAGGGCCGAGCACGGGAAUGAUGCCGAGCUCCUCGGCGACGAAUCUGACGACGAAUGA